CGCGCGCCAAUUAUUAAACACUACAAACGCAUUUUCAGUCUUCUCCAGAAACUGCUACAGUUUUAUCAGAGGGUUUUAUUUUCUCCAGCUUUUCGGCGCUUUUUCGAUGGAGAACCAUGCCGGGAAACGCAGACUCGACAUGAUCGCCGCCCACCUUGCUCCUGCCGGUGAUAUUUCCGCUGCUCACGCACACGUUCUCCCCGCGAAUUGCAGUAGCUAUGGAAGCUCUGUCAUUCGAAGGUGCGAUAACAGGAUGUUCUUUGCGCGGCAAGGAUCCGAGUCUUGUGGUGCUUAUAUGAGGCAGGCUUCGAUUACAGAGAAUAUAUAUCAGGGUAAUCAAAGAUCUAAUUCUCAAGCGUCCCUGGAUGCUUAUGAAGGACCAUUAUAUUCAAGACCUGCAACGGAGGGAAGGAUUCCGGGUGUUGGAAUAGAACAGCCCGUGGCACAGAAUUUCAAUUUAAUUGCGUCUGAACCUCCAUUGUUUGCCAGGGCAUGCUUUGGAAUCAGUGAACAUAACAACCAUUUCGUUUCGGAGACAAAGCAGCCAUCCUCUGGAUCAAAUGGAAUUGGUGGAUGUUCUCCGAGGAUGGAUGUGGCAGAAUCAGGUAGAGGUUAUGUACUAACCGUGGAAAUUCCAGGAGUCAAGAUCAAUGACAUCAGAGUUGAGGUCGAUGAUCAAAAGUUGACCAUAAUCGGCAAACGCUCAAAUCAAUACCAUGAAAUGGUAGGAUGUUCAAGAGAAUCUAUCCGUUCAUAUCACAAGAGAGAGAUUUUACAAGGACCUUACCAAGUGGUGUGGCCACUUCCGAUCAACAUUAACAAGGACGGAGUAUCAGCUGAGUUCUGGGAUGGAUUGCUGCGGAUUACUCUACCGAAAUUCUGAGAAUUGUUUUUGUCAAAGGCAUACAAACACGUGAGAUAUAUGGUAUGCUCAAACCACACCCGAUCUAUACCAUCCAGUGUCUUUGUAUCCAUACAGCCUAUAGGUGGAUACCCAAGAACUACAAGAUACUUAUGAAUAAAUAUGGAUUACUGUCAAAGUAUAUGUGUAUCUUGUUUGUUGUAAUGUCCUGCUUUGUACAAUGUUGUUGCUGGAAAUUGGGCUUUUGGCUAUUGCUAUGUUAUAUGAUGGUUUUAUAUCCAACUUGUAUCUGAAAUUGGUCUAUAUGUUAUAUUUAAGUAUCAAUUCUACUUCUAUAA